GAUUUCUACAACCGUGUUCUAAACCUCAAGGUGACUUACAACGAUCAGAACUACACUUAUGAAGAUUUAUGCGCUCGACGUCCCACAGGAUGCGCUGUAGACGGGAACUUUAUCUUUGAGAGCUUUUUUAAAGAAAUGAUGGAGAUGGGAGCUGUCACUUAUCCUGUGUGGGCAGCAAUGACGGCAGUGGAUCUCAACUUGUACAUCAGCGAUGUGAAGUUAACCAACGGUGACUCGCUGGUUGCCGCAGGUUCCUUGAAGUUGAUAUUUCCCCUACGGCAGGACAACCCCGAGAUAGAGAAAGUGGCAAAGGCUUGGGAGUUGGAAUAUGUGGAGUUUAUGAAGAAACAGAACUUCUCCUCUGUGGAUUACGCUUUCGCCGUGUCUCAGUCGCUGAGUAAAGAGUUGGACAAGGGAACUCACGGCGACAUCAUUUACUUCUGCUUCACAUUCACCAUCAUGAUCACGUUUGCUUCCAUUGUUAGUUCAGGUGGUGACUGUGUUUCAACGAGAGCCCUGAUGGCCAAUGCCGGUGUCAUAGGGGUCGUGUUUGGGAUCAUGGGUGCUUUUGGCGUUGUGACCCUCUGUGGGGUCCCCUUCGUAAACAUUGUAGGGGUAAUGCCCUUCUUGACUUUAGGCAUUGGCGUGGACGACAUGUUCUUGUUGAUGGGCAGUUGGAGUGAGACGUUGUCACUGCCGGACCUCACAGUGCCGGAGAGGAUGGGCACCGUCUUUAAGAAAGCAGGCAUUGGAAUCACGAUUACCUCUGGCGUCGGCGUUCUCUUUUGCUACGUCUGUAACGCUUCUGUGUUUGGAGCCUGCCUGGCCAUUCAUGGCCGCCGAGUGUACUCUAAACGACACGUCGUCACUUGCCAGAAAGUGGAAAAGUCUCGGAAGGAGCUCAGCGAAAGUGGACAUUCCUGUUGCUACGUCUGCUUGUGUGGUGGCAAAAUCCCAGAGAGCCCUGACGAAGAGCAAAGCGUCUUUGAGAAAGGGCCCAGAAAAGCGCUUGUCAUAUUCCUGAUGUGGACCCCUGUUCGCAUCAUCGUGCUGUUGGUGUUUGCCGGAUACCUGGCUGUUUCUAUCUGGGGCUGUACCAUCUUACGCCAAGGUCUCGACCUGAAAGACCUUGUGCUACCCUCAUCGUAUUUUCACAAGUACCAGAUAUGGGACAGCAAUGACUUCGGGGUCAAGAUCCCCAUUGCGUUUGUCACAACCACCCCAAAGGAAUACUGGGACACCCAGACGGUCAUAGACAUAAUGGAACUUCUGGAAACCGCUCGCAAAGACCCACUCAUAGAUCCCCUUGUUGACAGCUGUUGGCUGACCACCCUAGCCAAGUCGCCCUUGUACAACACGAGCAGCGAAGAGGCGUUCUACGACGGUCUUCACGAGUUUCUCACCAAACACGAGCCUCGGUUCUACAACGACCUCGCGUUUGGUGACGACAACAGGACCAUCGUGGCCUCGAGAUGCCACGCCUACACUCGCAAGGUGACAGACUCCACUAUCCAGGCACACGUCAUGAGCUACAUGAGGGAAGUGGCAGAUGCCUCCCCAGCGAAAGUGUUUGCGUUCCAUCCCGCCUUCGUAUACUUUGAGCAGUAUGUCGAGGUGUGGCCCAGCACGCUUCAGACGAUUGGAGUUACACUAGCAGUGAUGUUAAUAGCAACCAGCAUCUUCCUGCCGCACCCUCUGAUGGUGAUGUUGGUGAUGAUUCAAGUGGUGAUGAUCGUUGUUGGAGUCUUCGGUUUCAUGGGCAUAUGGGACCUCACUCUCAGCUCGGUGACGAUGAUACAUCUGAUCAUGAGCGUUGGUUUCUCUGUGGAUUUCUGCGCUCACGUAUGUACAGCCUACAUGGUAUCGGAACAGACAUCACGCCACGGACGAGCCAAAGACGCCAUUGUCCACGCAUCGAGCCCUAUCUUCAGUGGCGGAAUCUCAUCCCUCCUUGGCAUCAUCUUACUCCUCUUCACAGAAUCCUACAUUUUUCAGUCAUUCUUUAAGAUCACCCUUCUGGUGAUAGGUUUUGGCAUGGUGCACGCCGUUCUCCUAGUUCCAGUUGUCCUGUCGUUCAUCGGGCCAGGAACACACGUUGAAAUGUUGAGCCUGAAAAAGGAAUCCGAUACUCCAAACCGUUCUGGUGUGGCUACUUCGGCAAGGAAUGGCGUCGAGCUGGUUAGGCAGGAAGAGCUCAGCUCUGCAAACAAUAACUCCAACGGAAAUGCUUUCAAAAACGCCGCCUUCGAAGCCGACGCACACCUUGGCUAUCUUCCUGCCUAA